UGUGAUAAACCUUUCUUUCUUUCUUUUUUUUCUUUCUCCAAUGGCACAACAAGAACAAUCAUUCAAAAUUAUUGAAGUUUGCAAUGUUGAGCCAUUUCAUGAACCAUCAAAACCUUCUCAAUCACCAACCUCACUUCCCUUAACUUUCUUUGAUCUUCUAUGGUUAAGAUUUCCACCAGUUCAACGUCUCUUUUUCUAUGAACUCACAAACUCAACCACUUUUUUCUAUGAAAUUCUUCUUCCAAAUCUCAAAAACUCUCUUUCACUCACACUUGAACUUUUUCUCCCUCUUUCCGGCAACAUAAUUUGGCCUAUUGAUUCAUCAAAACCAAUCAUAAACUAUGUUCACGGCGAUUCUGUUUCCUUUACCGUUGUUGAGUCCAAAGAAAGUUUUGAAGAUCUUUCUUCAAAUCAUUGUGAAGCUUCAAAGAGACAUCACUUGAUACCUCUUUUGAAAACUUCAGAUGAAAAAGCUUCUUUGAUUUCAAUUCAAGUCACUUUGUUUCCGAACAAAGGUUUUUGCAUUGGAAUAUCCACACACCAUGUUGCUUUUGAUGGAAAAUCUUCAACCAAUUUUAUGAAAUCAUGGUCUUAUAUUACAUGUUCUAACCCUAACCUUGGAAAUGUAACACCUUGUUUUGAUAGAUCAGUGGUAGAAGAUCAUUAUAGUGGAAUCAGUGAAGCAUAUGCUGAUGCUUUGAUGAAUCAUUAUGGACCAAAUAAUAAAAGUCUCAAGGUUUGGGAAUUUCCUGGUAGGUUGAAAAAUGAUGCAGUUAAAAGUUUAUUUGAAUUAUCACCUUCAAAUAUUCAAAAGCUUAAGAAGAAUGCAAAAAAUGAGAUGAAAAUGAAUGUUAUAAAUCUGUCAACUUUUUCAGUUACAUGUGCUUAUGUGAUAUCAUGUUUAGCAAAAACAGAAGAACUAAAGGAUGAAAAGGUGAGUUUCAUAUUUAGUGUGGAUUGUAGAACAAGAUUGGAACCUUCAAUUUCUUCUAUGUAUUUUGGUAAUUGUGUUGUAGGACAUAUUAUAAAGCUUGAGACAAAGAAGUUAAUGGGAAAAGGUGGAUUUUUAAGUGCUUUAGAAGGGAUUAGUGAACGUUUGGAAAAGGUGAAAAAUGGAGUGUUAGAUGGAGCUGAAAAUUGGUUGCAUGAUAUGUUAAACCCUAAGGAGAGUUUUAAACUCUAUUCUACUGCUGGAUCACCAAGGUUUGAAGUCUAUGAUAUUGAUUUUGGAUUUGGAAAGCCAAAGAAAGUUGAUAUGGCUUCAACAGAUAAAACAGGUGCAUUUUCUCUUAGUGAGAGUAAGAAUCACAAUGGUGGAAUUGAGAUUGGUUUGGCUUUGAACAAGCAUGAGAUGGAAGCCUUUUCAACCCUUUUUGUUCAAGGGCUUGAGGCCAUUUGAAAUUUUAAAAGUUAGUAUUAAACGUUUGGGUGAACAAAAUUUGAUCCUCUUAUAAAAAAAUCUGAAAGAGUAUUAUUUGUA